UCAUUCACAAGAAUCGCAAUGUCGCAAAAAUUCCCCGAGGUCCAGGGAGGAGGCUCCCUAAUCAUUGCCUGGCAAGCAAAGAAUAAACAUAUCCUGGUAGUUGGUGGGGGAGAGGUUAGUAAAGCUACCCCCCAUCCCUCCCUCUUAUCGCCGAUGCAAAUAUAUAUAUACUCCAUCUCUCAAUUCCAGCACACACACACAAACCCCCCUGCCCCUCGACACAGUCACACAGAGACUAACCAUUCUCCCCGAUCCAUCCAAAAUAAAAGGUCGCAGCCGGUCGCAUCCUCCACGCCCUCAACGCCGACGCCCGAGUGACGGUCGUGUGCCCCGUGGCCGGCCUGAACGAGGAGGUCGCCUACCGGGUGGCCCAGGGCCAAGUGACGCACGUCGACCGGACCUUCGAGCCCCACGACCUCGACACCGCCGACAUGGUGCUGUGCGCCAUCGACGACCCCGCGGCCUCGACGCGCGUCUGGCAGCUCUGCAAGGAGAAGCGCAUCCCCGCCAACAUCGCCGACGUACCCCCCGAAUGCGACUUCUACUUCGGGAGUAUGCACCGCGACGGGCCCCUCCAGAUCAUGGUCAGCACCAACGGCAACGGCCCCCGGCUCGCCAGCAUCGUCCGCAAAAAGAUCGCCGCCACGCUGCCGGGCAACAUGGGCGCCGCCAUCGAGAACGUCGGCCUGCUGCGGAGGAAGUUGCGCGAGACCGCGCCCAACGUCGAGGAGGGGCCGAAGCGGAUGAAGUGGAUGUCGGGUGUUUGUGAGUCGUGGAGCUUGGAGGACCUCGUGGAGAUGGAGGAGCGCGAUAUGGAGGGCCUUCUGGCCUUCUAUGCCUCCGGGGAAAUUCCCCCCUUGAAGGAGAUUCGGGCGAAAGCGGCCGGGAAUUGAACACUGGGGACAUACAUAAUCUAUGGGGAUUCGGUGAGUACUACAGUACAGGCAGUACUCGAAGCAUCUGAUGUCAACCGGUUCUUGUGCGAACUAUGCGACAUGAGGCAAACGCACGAGGAUUUGCAUCAAGCUGAGGUGAGUGAACUAGGUUUCUAUGGUCCAUACAUGUCCCAACUCAGGACCUCUACUCCACUCAGAGCCACGCCUGAAAAGAGCAGUCUCGCAGCGAGAGUGGGCGACGGGCAAUAGGACCGAGAAUAAACCCCUGCAACGCUUCCAUGAAAGAUGGUAUUUUGUACAUACAUAUAUAAAGAGCCCGCUUGCACAAGAUAUGAUGGAUAAUGAUAACAAAAGUUCGAGAGAAACG